UUGCAUGUUACUAUGCGCUUGCUAAAUCUGUCACAGCCUGCCUUCGGUACCUUGCCAACAGGACCAGCGCGCGCGCAAAUCCUGCUGUCGAUAACUUGUCGCAUUUGAUUCAUGCAGGAAGGAAGCUUGAAAUUUGGGCUCCCCCCACCUUUUUUUUUGCGAGUGAUCCAAGAAAGACAGAAUAGCUGUUUUUGCGAUUAUAUUUAAAAGUUAUUGACGAGCAUAUUCACUUUAAAAAUCGUUCUGCGUGGUUACUUUUACGCGCAAGAACGUCUUUUAUAACGAGGAUGUGGUCCAGCGGUGAACGCAUGAUUAGAGCUCUUGGCAGUGCUGGCGCCGUCUUUUUACGCGGUCUUCAGUUUCACUUUCAGGAUGUGAGCUCCCGGGACACAUCUGGAACAUGACAACAAAUCUGUAUCCUUUGGCGAAUAUCUAUUGUUUUGAUGUGAUUUGUUUGCUGAAGGAUGGCAUCCAUGUAAAUGCGGGGAGCCAUGGAGGGGCUGGAAGAGGAGCUUACAUGCCCGAUCUGCUGCAGUCUGUUCGAGGACCCACGGGUGCUGCUCUGCUCCCACAGCUUUUGCAAGAAGUGUUUGGAGGCUCUAGUGGAGGGGAACCGAGGUGUAGUGUUCAGAAAUCCCCUUAAAUGCCCCACAUGCCGCAAAGAGACCCCUCACAACGGCGCAAAUUCCCUGCAGGUUAACUACUCCCUCCGCGGAAUAGUUGAGAAGUACAGCAAGUUAAAGGUUAAGCCUAGAAACUCUGUCUGCAAGCAGCACUGCAGCCAUCCUCUUAACAUAUUUUGCGCAACCGAUUCAAAGCUCAUUUGCGGGAUUUGCGCAACAUCGGGCGACCACAAAGGGCACAAAUUCAGCUCCUUGGAGGAUGCCUAUGAGCAGGAGAACGGGGCGUUUGAAGAGAUGUUGCGCGGAGCGGAGAGCUGGCAGAGCGCAGACAUUCUCUCCUGCCUGCAAACACUCCAAGCCAAUAAGAAGAAGGCGCUCCAGUCUGUCACCAAGGACGCGGAAAAAGUGGCGGAAUAUUUCGACAAACUCAUCGGUGCCCUGGAAUGCAAAAAAAGCGAGAUGCUGUCCGAUUUUGAGACUCUGAAGCUGGUGGUGAUGCAGGCGUACGACCCGCAGAUCGACAGGCUCAGCGCCGCGCUGGAAGACCAGAGGCGCGCGCUCGGCAUGGCAGAGCAUUUCAAGAGCGUCACUGACCCCCUGUGCUUUCUGCAGCAGAUGCAGGAGUUCCGAGAAAAGCUAAAGGUCCUCAAAGAGACGCCCCUGCCCUCCCGGAAAGAUAUCAACAUCGACCCCUGUGUCCGAAAUUUCGAUGUGAAAAAGUGGGAUUCCCUUAGACUGAGUGAAGUCGACAAGAUUUCAGUCCCCCACGAGAAUGGCUCUUACCGAACCGGAGGCUCACGGAUGCCAGGAGCCAGGCGGGUCGUUUCCUCCCUGAUUCUCCUCCUGCUGCUGCCGUUAAUCCUGCAUGCACUAAUGCCUCACAUUUUAGUGGCGGACGUGGCCUCGACGUUGGAUCACUUCAUUAAAGCGCUCGUCUCUCAGACCUCCGCGAUUUUGCAGAAAACAACUGAUUUGUUCAAAAGUUUCAUGGAUGCAGACCAGGAGUACAUCAACUGGCCAAACAUUUGGCAACUGUAAGUUGUCAUAUAGACUCUAAAAUCCCACUAAGUAACUCACGAGAUCUGUGAGGUGCGUAAAGCACAUUUUGAAACACUUGUUUAACACUUUUUUUUACCUCAGUGAAGCAGUCAAACUAAACCAGUGUCCUUAGGGUGUGCAAUCUGUUCAAUUUUUACACUAAAGGUUCUUUUUAUUUUGUCAAAAGUGAUCCUGACAAAUAAACUCAAACUGAGCCCCUU